GUUCUGGAAGGUUCUGGGCCGGCCCUCAGUCGCUGGCGGCGGCRGCAGCGGGCGGAGGUGGUCCCGAUCUCCGGCUCUCUCGCGGUUCCAACGCGGCCCUAUCGCCUCUCGGCGCUAUGGGGGUGACUCACGAAGCGGGGCUCUCCCCUCAGGACCCGUGCGGGGGCAGCCCGGGCGGCUGGAGCCGGAGCGCCCAGGUGCCUCAGGGGAACCAGCGCGGGGCGUGCCCGGCGGCGCCCAGCGGAACAGAAACCGGGCACUGCAGAACAGCAGCCAAACCAGAGCCGGCUGCUGAGAGCACACAAAAAACAAACACUGGCAAAACAGACGACAUGACAGAUUUCAUGGACGACCUGACCCUCAGCUCUCCCAAGAAGAGAGAAUCAUCCGUGAGAUCCAAGAGGAGCUGCGCCCGCUCCUCCAGCCGCUCCUCCAGCCGUUCCUCGUGCAGCUCCCGCUCCAGCUCCAGCAGCUCCUCCUCAUCCUCAUCUCGCAGCUGGAGCCGCUCCCGAUCCCGCUCCCGUUCACGCUCCCGGCCCCGCAGGAACGGCUCGCGGCGCUCCCGGCGCUAUUCCCGCUCCUACUCGCGGAGCCGCUCGCGCUCCCGCGGUUACCGGCGCUACCGGAGCCGUUACCCGCCCCGGCACUACCGGCGUUACCGGCGCUCGCCGCCCCGCUACCGCUCCCGCUCCCGCAGCCGCUCCUGGUCCCGCGGCAGGGUCUACUACCGCCGCUCCUACUCCCGGAGCAGGUCCCGCUCCAGGGGCAGGAGGUACUACGGCUUUGGCAGAACCAUCUAUCCCGAGGCCUACAGGAGCUGGAGGAGCAGGUCCCGCACRCGCUCUCGCAGUCGCUCACCCCUGCACCUCAGUGAAAAAGACAAGAGGGAACUCCUGGAAAUUGCAAAAGCCAAUGCUGCCAAAGCUCUGGGAACAGAUAAUAUUGUCCUGCCAGCGAGCCUCAAGAUCUCUGCUCCCACCAAAGAGAUCAAAACUGUGAAACAGGAGCGUGAGGAAGCCACGGAGUCAGCUGAGCACCCCGGGAGCGCAGCAGAGGACGUGACCAAGGGUGGAGUGGAGAGAGCAACCAUUCAGAGGAGCAUUUCCUUCAGUCCUAACAACACAAUGGCCAAGCCAGCCCUGCAGAAGCCAGUGAGCCAUGUUGUUGUUAAGGAACCAGUGGUUUCCCCACCCAGAGAAGAUGACAGGAAGGGAAGCCCAUAUGGGCAGUGGGUUCCUGUCAAGAAAGAGGAGAAGAAAACAUUCCUGAACUUCUCACCCAAAAGCUCCCUGUUCCGGGCACGCUGAUGGGAACCACUGUCAGAACUGCAGCACUUCACACCCCUCAGUAGAGAAAUGGAGAUUUCUGAUGGGCUUGAAGAUUUGUUAAUACUGAGUAUUUAUUGAGGUCUUAAUUUUUGGAAUCUUAGGUUUCUCUUUCAGAUAGAGAGCACACAGAUCCAGAAGCCACAGAUGGGAAUCUUGUGUAUAUUUGUAAAUAUUUUGUAUUGCUUUAUUGGACUAGACCUUGCAGGUGGGUAACUUUUUCUAAACCAUAGUUGAGUAGCUGUUCUUUGAACACCCGGAUUUACAUUGUGUAACUGUUUACUUCAAGUGAAUAAAGUUUAGUUUUGCACUGGC